CUCAUCCUCCACUCCGAGCGCCUUUUUAUUGGAGGCGCUUCUCCUCUUCCUCCUGCAUCCACCACAGGAUCGAGGAGAAGCAGGCCAGGAGCACUCCUCCCGCCGCAUUUAAUGGCAACUGAACUCUGAGAAGAAGAUGACUUCGACUACUUUUCGUCUUCUGCUGCUGCUGCUGCUUGUGAGCGGGCUGACAGGGAAUCAAGCCUUUCCAACAGGGAUUGAUGGGCAGAGGGAGGAUGUGGUGACAAGAUGUUUGAUGGAAGUUCUUUCCAAAGCUCUCUCCAAACCGGACGCUCAGCUGGAUGAGGAAUGCAAGGAUAUCCUGCAAGCAGGGGUUAAAAAUGCUCCAUUGGACAAGAAAAGCAUUGAAGCCACCAAUGAAGAAGAGAUCAAAGAUCACAGAGAGGAGCCUGAGGCAAAGGGCACAGCUAUCCAAGCCCUCCUGAAGUCCGUGGAACCAAAAAGAGAGAACCUGGAGGACGAGCGCAGUCAGGAAUCUUGGAGUCUAGAGAAGAGACACCAGGAAGGCAACGGAGAACAUGAGGAGCAGCGGGAAAAAAGGAGCGACUGGAGGCCAGGAAGAUAUCACCAGAAGAAGCCCAAAAGAGAUGAGGAGGCAGAAGAGGAGUUGGAGGAAGACGGGCAGCACAGCCAAGAGUCUUGGGAUUUAAUGAAACGGUCUGGCGAUGAGGAAGAAGAGCGGUCCAAGCGCAUCUGGAAGCCCAGGCAUCGCUACCACCACAAGAUUAAGUUCCACAAACGUGGCGACGAAGCUUCAGCUAAAGAUGACUAUGAAGAACGCAGCCAGGAAUCGUGGGGUCUUGAUGAUGAGAGGGACAAGAGGAACUGGAGACCUGGAAGGUUCCACCAGAGGAGACACAAACGAGAUGAGGAACUCUCAGAGGAAACCAGAGAGGAACCCAAUGAGGAACGCAGCCAAGAAUCCUGGGAUUUUGACACCGAUAGAUACAAGAGAGACUGGAGACCUGGAAGGUACCACCAACGGAGACACAAACGGGAUGAGGAACCUGAUGAGGAACGAAGUCAAGAAUCUUGGGAUUUUGACAAGAGAGACUGGAGAGCUGGGCAGUACCGCCAGAGGAGACAAAAGCGAGAUGAGGAACUCUCAGAGGAUGCCAGAGAGGAACCCGAUGAAGAACGCAGCCAAGAAUCCUGGGAUUUUGACACGGAUCAAUACAAGAGAGAUUGGAGACCUGGGAGGUUCCAUCAGAGAAGACACAAGCGGGAUGAGGAGCUCUCAGAGGAAGCCAGAGAAGAACCUGAUGAAGAACGCAGUCAGGAAUCCUGGGAUUUUGACACAGAUCGAUACAAGAGAGAUUGGAGACCUGGGAGGUUCCACCAGAGAAGAAACAAGCGGGAUGAGGAGCUCUCAGAGGACGCAAGAGAGGAACCCGAUGAGGAACGCAGCCAGGAAUCCUGGGAUUUUAACAAGAGAGACUGGAAACCUGCGAGGUACCACCAGAAGAAGCACAAGCGUGACGAGGAACUUUCAGAUGAGAAGAGGGAGGAGUCAGAUGGAGAGCGGAGUCAAGAGUACUGGAAUGUUGACCAGAGACCCGGAGACAACGAACAAGACAUAGAGAAGAGAAUAUGGAAGCCCAGGCAUCGGUACCACCACAAGAUAAAAUACCACAAGCGUGGAGGAGGGGCAUCAGAGGAGGAGGCUCUGAGGAGUGAUUCUGAAGAUUCUGACGAAGACAGAAGCAGAUUUCUGAGUUAUCUUCACCCCGCCUGGUUUGAAAGGGAUCCAGAAGGUCACGCCACAUCAAAUAAGAUGGACGAGGUGGCCAGGCUGCUGAGCUACAAGAUCAACCAGCUGACCAACCAGGAGGGACCGAAGGGCGUCGUGCAACCAAGGGCACUCACCCCGCAUGAGGAGAAAGCGCUGGGAAACCUGGCGGCCAUGGACGCAGAGUUUAAGAAAAUCGCUGCCAAGUUGCACGACAACAGCAAAUAAUGAGCUUUAAAAGAAGAACAAAAGAAGAAACUGCUGUCUCACCGUCUUGUCUGCCGUGUUAAAAAGAGCCUUGCUUGUUUUGUCGUAUUUGUGCUAUUUCAACGUGACCUUCUGCAUCGAGCAUGGGAAUGAUUUUUGAUGUUUAUAUAUAUAUAUAUAUGAAAAUGUAUUAGUUGACCUCAUUGUGCUUUGAAUAAGUCUGUCAUGUUUGUGAUUAAUAAAGGUUAUUCUGGGACCCAACACAAACUUUUUUAACA